CAACACCGCGAAGCGCGCGUGCUGAGACAUGGAGAGGUGAAGAGGCGCGCGACGGAGGUCUGGAAGUCUGCAGGUGUUCGCGGUGCUCGCGCUGCGUCCUCUAAACAAUAAACAACAACAACAUCAACAACAACAAAAAGAAAAAUUUGUAGUGUGAUCAUUUUAUAUAUAGUUUUGAUUUUUAUUUAAUUUUUUUUAUUUAAAUGGUCUUUCUUUGGAAGAACACGAUGCGGAUUCUCACGUGCGCGGUCACGAUGCUCGUCUUGAGUCAGCACGUCGGCGCUCUGAGUAAGGCCUUCGCCGACGUGGAGCCGGUGAGGAUGACGUCGGAGGGCUCGGACUGCCGCUGCAAGUGUGUGAUGCGGCCGCUGAGCAUCGAGGCGUGCUCGAGGCUUCGGGACGGGACCCUGAAAGUGGACGAUUUUUACGCGGUGGAGACGGUGAGCUCAGGAUCGGACUGUAAAUGCUCGUGCACCGCUCCGCCCUCUUCGCUGAACCCCUGCGAAAACGAGUGGAGGACGGAGAAACUGAGGAAACAAGCACCCGAGCUGCUCAAGCUGCAUUCCAUGGUGGACUUGCUGGAGGGGACGUUGUACAGUAUGGAUCUGAUGAAGGUUCAUGCGUACAUGAAUAAAGUCGUGUCUCAGAUGAACACGCUGGAGGCGACCAUCAAAACGAACCUGAGCCGUGAGAAUGACUUCGUUCGAGACAGCGUCGUGAACCUGUCCAAUCAGCUGAAGAAGUACGAGAACUACUCGGACAUCAUGGUGAGCAUUAAGAAAGAAAUCUCCAGCUUGGGAGUGCAGCUGCUGAAGAAAGAAACGACAGACAACAAGGCACAGGCCACCGACAGCAAGAAGGGCAAAGAGGCAGUAAAACCCCCCAACAAAAAGUCCCCGGUGGAUAAAUCGCCUCCAAAGCCUCCCAAAGAGAAACCCGUCAAACCCAAAAAGGAGCCUCCGCCUCCCAAGACGCCCAAACCUGCUAAACCAGAGCCGACCCCCAAGAGCAAACCGGCGGGUCACCAGCCUGGGGUCAUCAGGGGCAUCACCUACUACAAAGCCACCAGGACGGACGAGUCAGAGACGGACAGCGCGUCCAAAGGAGACAGAGAAAACACAGCCAAAGCCCACAACGUGCACCAAAUCGAGGACAAGGGAGGUUCCGAACUCGUCUUGGAGGCCAUCGAGGGCACCACUCCUGUGCUGCCAAAGACAACAAGAACAACAACAACAACAACUGUUGCUUCAACAACAGCUGCCUCACACACACAAACAACCACCAGCGAUGAGGAGCUUUUCACCACAAGUUCCACCGAGUCAGACCCAGAGAUGGAGAAACGCACCAUCACCGUCACACCGUCGCUGAAGAACGCACAACCCGGCUCUAACAAGACAGUGUACAUUAAACCACUGGAGUGUGAGGGCACCAUCGCCUCGGUGGAGAUGCCGGAGAAGCACCACAGCUACGGGCGUAACGAAGGCGCGUGGAUGAAGGACCCUGUCGCCAAGGACAACAAGAUCUACGUCACCAACUACUACUACGGCAACAACCUGGUGGAGUUUCGCAACCUGGACAAUUUUAAGCAAGGUCGCUGGAGUAACCUCUACAAGCUCCCGUAUAACUGGAUAGGAACGGGUCACGUGGUCUACAACGGCGCCUUCUACUACAACCGAGCCUUCACCAAGAACAUCAUCAAGUACGACCUGCGGAUGCGCUACGUGGCGGCGUGGACGCUGCUUCACGACGUCGUCUACGAGGACACGACGCCGUGGAAGUGGCGCGGCCAUUCGGACAUCGACUUCGCCGUGGACGAGAGCGGCCUCUGGGUGAUCUACCCGGCAAUGGACUACGACUACUCGCAGCAGGAGGUGAUCAUCAUCAGCAAGCUGGACCCGAGCGACCUGUCCACCAAGAAGGAGACGACGUGGAGGACGCGCCUGAAGCGCAACACGUACGGCAACUGCUUCGUCGUGUGCGGCGUGCUGUACGCCAUCGACGUGUACAACCAGAGAGAGGGCGAGGUGGCGUACGCCUAUGACACGCACACCAACAGCGAGGCGGCGCCGCGGCUCCCGUUCACCAACGAGUACGCCUUCGUCACCCAGGUGGACUACAAUCCUAAAGAGAAGGUGCUCUAUGCCUGGGACAACGGACACCAGCUCACUUAUAACCUUCACUUUGUGGGUCAGUGAGACGCUCGGAAAAGCGUUCGACCUUUAAUUCAGGAAAUCUGACUUUUUAAAGAGGGGAAUACAUAGAAAGAAGAUUAUAAUAACCGUACAAGGGAAGCGAACUCUCUCUGACCUUCGACGAAUGCCGACUAGAGCAACGUCGUGUAGUUCGUGCCGCAAAAAAGUGGUUUGGAAAGUGGAAAAAUGAGAAAAUUCAGGGUUGGCACAUUAAAAAUGAAUUCUUCCGACAUUUAAAUGAUGAUGCUACACAGCGUUAAGAAGGUUAACAUUUAAAAAAUCUAUAUAUUUUGUGAGAAUAAAUAAUAUUUUAAUAAACCUAUAAGAUGUUUAUGGUACUUGUAUUAAAAAGGGUGUAUCAGUGUAUGUAAAUGACUCAUUUACGCUAUAAAGUUUGUAAAAUAUAAUUGACUUUUGCACUGUAGAUAUUUCCGGAGACCGUUAGCGACAGAGCUGUUUGUUAGAUCAAUAAGGGUGUGGGUUUUUUUGUGUUUUUUUUGUAAUUUUUUGUUUUUUUUUACGUCUCCUAGUAAACAUUCGUUAAACUCCUG